ACACCCAUCUAACUCAUCGAGCGUAUUCACACUGUCGCAUUGUUGACGUUGACUGUGGAUAUUUGAUAUACAGAUAUUCCGAGUCAACGUUGUGAUGAGUUUUGGUUUUUUGCUAAGGGAGAAGAAAUUAUUGAGUUUUUUCGCACUUCCAGUGAAUUCACGGUAAUCAAUGUCUGCACUUGUCUGUCAUUGAGGGACGCAGCCACAGAGCAUUGUAUGGACAGCAACAAGCUGAUAAUGAUAAUUGAAUUAUUGCCAGUGAACAUUACGCAACCCACGGUUGUUGGUUGGUGGCGUCGGCCAAGUGUAGACCGCAGGACGCAGUGAAUAGUUGACGCUGGUCGUCACCUCACGCCUCGACUGGGUACUGUUGGAACAUAUUUUUUUUUUCUUUCACUUAUCUGUUCGACUUGAAAUCUGUGAACUUUCAAGUUAUUUUUCAAUCGUUCUACGGCUGUAUAAUUGGCAAAAAGAAAACAUCAAAAUGAAUCGGGUAAUGAAACUAUUCAAGAGCAAAGAGACCCGCGACUAUUUUAUGAGCACCCAUUUCUGGGGGCCCAUUGCCAAUUGGCUUAUUCCAAUCGCUGCUAUCGCUGAUAUUCAGAGAGAUCCGAAAAUUAUAAGUGGCAAAAUGACACUGGCGUUAUGUUUGUAUUCUGCAAUGUUUAUGAGAUUUGCGAUCAAGGUCCAGCCACGUAACAUGCUCCUGUUUGCCUGUCACUUUGUCAACGAAGGUGCCCAACUCACACAGGGAGCUCGUUUUAUAAACUAUCAUUACAGAGAGAAGAAGAAAGAAGAAUAACUUGAUUGGAUCAAGAGUAACACAACAACUUGGAAUAUGCUCGGUUGCCAAGUGAAUCAUCAUAUGCAUGGCAUACAUAAUGUAAAAUGGUAGAUUCUCCACAAUUUCUUGCCAUUCGGGUUCCGAAGACAAAACUUUCACAGUAAUUAUGAAAUCACAGGCUCUAUUUAUAUUUCAAUCAGGCUAAUUUUGCUGCAUCAUGCUCAUACCUGACGCUGCUACAUCCGGGUGUCGUAAAAAAAAAGCAUUGAUAAACAGUGGCUCAACAGAGAAAUUAGUGUACAAGAAAUCAGGGCGAAUCUAUUGUAUCUGUUUUUCUUGAAUAAGAAAAGCCUUUACAGUACCGUAUCAACUUAAAAUCUCACGUCAGAUAUUUUUAAAUAUUUCCAAAUCGGAGAGAAUUCGAUUUUUACGUUGCUAAAUAGUUUUUCUAUGCGUCACAAUUCCUUUGACUUUACCAUGCAUACCUCAACAUCUUUUCUCCAAAUAAUUCAUUCCUUCAACAGUAGUGAUGCUCCAGAGGUUUUUUUUUACAGUCACUAUUAAAGCUUCUGAAAAGAAAUGACCACAAUUAUAAAUCUAUUUUUGUGAUAGCAGUGUAGAGGCAAGUUAUAGAAGCUUUGAAAAAAUCUGGUGGUGAGGUAUUUCUCUGUGCUCCACAAAUACAGUUUUAAAGUUUGUAAAGUGUUCAAUUCCCGUGUUUAGACCAGCCAAAGUGUAAUGGUAGUAAAAUUUAGCAAGUUCUGCUCAGGAAUAAAAAUUUUAUGUACGAAACAGUAAACAAACGCUUCCUGUUACAUCGAUCUCAACAGCGCAAUUAUUUCCCACAAAAAUAUUGUUUCAAUUUUUGGUUCCAAAUUACUUCCAAAUUACUUCCUGAGAUCUGUAGAAAUUGAAAAACUACUUAGCACAGAACUCUAACUCUGAGGCCCACCUAUGUGCAAAAUUUGGAAAACCUUUCAACCUGACCGAUUUUCCUGACAUGGAAUAGCCCGUAGGUACAUCUACAGAUGUGGUUUCUGACUGAUUCAAGACGAUUGGUAUAGUCUGCUACGAUUCUUUUAUGGCCUUGAAUCGAUCAAAAUCCACCUCUGUCAGUUUACAGUUUAUUCCAUUUAGGCACAGCUUAUAGGUCAGUCAUUGAAGUCAAUUUACUUAUAAUUUUCAAUAAUCUCAACUGUGAAUUCGCUUCUGAUAUUUAUACAUCAAUCUUUAUAACAUAGUUCUACACCUGAACCGAAUAGACAAACUGUAUAUAUGCAUAUAGUAAGUAGUGCGCUAUUGGGAGCACACAAUUUGUAGAUAUGACUGGAUGUAAAUCAUAAUCUGAAAUUCUUACAGGAUAUACCAAUGUAAAUAUUGAUGGGGCAGAUGCAAUCAUGUAAUUCAGAGUAAGUCAAAGAAAUAUAUGAAGAAAUUGUACAGUUCAACGGAGGGUACUGCUAUCAUUGCAAUUCAGUUUGCACGUUUCUGAUUAUCUGUCAGUACAAAAUACUGUCAUCACACUAAUAGCUUUUAGCAUAUACUGAUAAAAAUAAAUUGGUAUCAUUGUAGAGUGAAUACAAUAAUGACAAUAGAGAAAAGUAUGCUAUACUCCUGUACGAAUCUCACUGUGUAAAAUUUUGGGGUUUAAAAUACGAAAAUGAUUUUUCACUGCCAGUGGGAAUACAACUUUCAGCACUUUAGUCUAACAAUCGCUUUAAAAAAAAACCAUGUGCUCCAAAGUAUUCAGUGUGGCAAGUAUUUUUAAAGCCCAUAAAUAGCAAGUCAAUUGGCUUGAUGUUUCGUAAAUUACAUGAGGUUUUCUCCUUAAAAAUUAUCUGAGGCGUUUGAUCUGAUUUGCAGUAAUGUGCAGAACAGUUUUGUUAUGCAAGAAUAUUGUGAAUGUUGAUAAAGACACAAGGUACGAAUAUCCAUUACCAGUUGGGGCUGCAGUAAAAAAAAAAAAAGGGGGGGGGGAAGCCAAAUACUAUGAAUUCCCUUUAUAUCUGCGGUGCUCACCCGAACCUCAAUAUUUUUUUUUAAUGAAGAGUUUUAUACCUAGAACCCCGAAUAAAAUUGAUGAAUAUUGAA